AUGGCACUUGUACAUUUUAUGUUGCUGUGUUCAUUUCUUAUAUAUUCGCAAGUUUGUUCAAUGCCAACAAAGUGCAUUAUUCGGUGGGACCUUGUGGAGUCAUCUCACAAUCUACUUGAGAAUAUGGGAGGCCUUUUCCCUCGUGAAUGCUUGGAAGAAAAAGACGAGAUAACGUUUCCUAAAUCUGCUCUGCAAUCAAACGGCUCAAAUCAGAAAAUCGCAGUGUAUACAAUCAUGGAGCACAUUGACUCUUUGUUUGCAAAUGAGACCCAUCCUGGAUCCUGGGUGCCGGAGAAAGUGGAUGUUUUCCGGCACAAAGUUUAUCGCUUAAAAGAAGAUAACAAAUGCGUUUUGGGGAAAACGCACGGACCCGUGGAUGAUUUUCCUGCAAUAGACAAUGCCCUGAGAAACUAUUUCGAAGAAUUGGCCACUCUUCUUAGAAACAAGGAUUACAGUUUCUGCGCAUGGGAGGUGGUUCGAAAAGAGCUCCUGAGUGUUCUUAAUGACAUCCUCCAGCUAAACUCAUCCAAAUAGCAAUUUUCGUA